GUGGUUGAAUGUGACGUCACACUCACCAAGCCAUCUAAGGUAGUGCUUUCUCAUUUCAAUCAGCCUAUAGUCUGCAGAGCGGCGGCACAAAACCACCGAGAGACAAAAAUGAAUGUGGAACAUGAAGUCAAGCUGCUCGUUGAUGAGAUUCGCCGACUGGGUAGUAAAAAUGCAGACGGGAAGACCAGCGUCAAAUUCGGAGUCUUGUUUAACGAUGACCAGUGCGCCAAUCUCUUUGAAGCUCUUGUCGGAACACUGAAAGCGGCCAAGCGAAAGAAGGUGAUCACUUUCGAUGGCGAGCUGCUACUGCAAGGAGUUCACGACAACGUUGAUGUCGUAUUACUGCAGGACUGAAUGUGACCGUGUCUUUUCUAAAGCCAAACUGAAAAAAGUACAAAUGCAUUUUUUUACAUGCCAUUGCUACAUUUUGAUAUAUCUAAGAAUGUAACAAGUUUGUGUAAUGCAUUGGAGUAUUUUUAUACAACCAUUUCUUCCUUUCUCAGGGGAGUGAUUCGCACAACAGUUUUUUGUAAAGUAGCAAUCUUCCCUUUUUCAAACACCUCAAUGGUUAUAUCAUUAAUAUAAAACAUCUAAAAUAUAUCAUUUAAGUGUGCAUGAGCAUUGUUUUCAACUUAAUUAAAAUGAAUAUACCUCUAACGUCCAGUUCUGAUUAAAUUGAUCAUGCAGUGGACAGUCAAAAUAGUAAUCAUGAGGUUGUUUGCAGUACUGUACUGUGAAAUGUUUAUAAUUGUCAUGUCCUUCAUAUUAUAUGAGCCAUAACAUCUUAUUUGUUGAUAGACAUGACUAGUAUGUAACUUUUUUUAUUGUUGAAAUUAAAUAUUACAAAAAAGAAUCAUAUUUGACCAACUGAAAAUUGUUUUAGUGUGAUAUUGUUUUAUAAAGCUCUUGCGAAAACAUCUUAGUAUUGUACUCGUGCUAUUCUUCUCUGGUCAAAUGUUACAUACUGUAGGACUCCCAGUGGUGCAGUUCGUGCCAUUUCAAGCUCAGGAAGACCUUAACAUGAGCAGCAAUAGGAAGUAAAACUUCAUCAAUUAUUAAAUAAUGGGGAGUUUUGCGCUGGAUUAUGACAGUGGGGGAUUUUCAUUUGUCUUUUUAUAGGUAUUGGAAUUUAUCUUCCUCAACGUUUUGAAACUGACUUUAAACUUCAAAUUUUUCAUGUUUUUUUGCUUUCUGACCAUGUCCUUACUGUGUUUUCUGUCUUGUGAUGGUUCAUCUGCUUUUCAAAUGGCUGGAGACGCUUUAUUUAAAAGUGCAAUAAAGUCAUAUAAAUAAA